AAAACGAAUAAAUCCGCCGUUCGUAUGGGAGUUGCUCUAAUUAAUUUGGGAUUAUUCCGGUGCUUCCAGGGACGUACCUGAGGACAGAGACCAGCUAGGAAUGGCGAGCAGGGCAGCUGCUUACGAGGGCGAGCUAACCAACCGAUCCAUGAUUGGCAUGACAUGGACCCGGCCGUGUACGUGCGUGCACCCUCCUUCCCUGUCCUGCGGUCCUUCCCGUCCGAUAUUAAAAUGGUUCUGACAGCCAUGGAGAUGAUCCAUCCACGCCAUGUUCUCCGCGAGCCGCUUCACGUGGCCAGCCGCUCGCGCGCGCCUCGCCGCGGUUGACUGCUGCCUUGGAGUAGCUCGGCGGUGGUGGUUGGCUGCCGCUGCGUCCUCGGAAUCUGUUUGGUGCUAACCAUAGAUAUUACGCGCUGAGCUACGGUUGGCUGUGCAUGCUCUGCUGCCGCGCGCUCCAUCCAUGGCGCCGUCCAUGCAAGUAGGGUGAUGAAUGCAGUGCACGCGCGUUGCGUUUCAUUUCUGCAGAGCGGCAGAGGUCGGUUGGCUGAGGGGCGAUGGGGAAGGCGGGGCGGUGGCUGAGGAACUUCUUGGCCGGCGGCAGGAAGGAUGGGAGGAGGGAUAGGCCGCACGCCGAGGCGGCGACGGGACCGGGACCGGGACCUGGGGCGACGCCGAGGGAGAAGAGGUGGAGCUUCCGGCGGCCGGUGGUGCUGACGCCGGACCAGCCGGGGCGCGGCGUCGUACCGCGGGAUGCCGCCGGCGGCGUUGGCGCGUCCCGGUCGUCAGCUACGUCGGAGGCGGGGUUCGACGAGAAGAAGCGCGCCGUGGCGGUGGCUGUGGUGACCGCGUCCGCGGCAGACGUGGCGGGCGCCGCGGCGCAGGCGGCGGCCACUGUGGCGCGUCUGUCCUCCCGCAAGGCUGCGCCGCCCCUGCCACCGCCGGCGAGCCUAAUCGCCGAGGCGGCGGCGGCUGUCAGGAUUCAGGCAUCCUUCAGAGGCUAUCUGGCGAGAGCGGCGCUGUGCGCGCUGAGGGGCAUCGUGAAGCUGCAGGCGCUGGUGCGGGGUCAGCUGGUGAGGAAGCAGGCCAAGGCCACGCUCCGGUGCAUGCAGGCCCUGCUCGCGGCGCAGUCCCAGCUGCGCGCGCAGCGCAUGCGCUUCCUCCAGGUCCAAGACCACCACCCCCACCACACACCGCCGCCCAGACCACGGCCGUCGUCGUCGCAGCACUCGAGGCACCGGAGAUCGUCCUACGAGAUGGACAGGUCGAGCGAGGAGAACGUGAAGAUCGUCGAGAUGGACAGCGGCGAGCAGCCGGCGCGGCGCGGCGUGGCGAGGGGCGGCGACAGGCAGUACUCCUCCGUCGAGCACCACCACGGCGGCAGGUGCUCCCCGGCGCCGUCGGCCAUGACGGAGCUGAGCCCGAGGACGAGCAGCUGGCACGUGGACGACCACAUCUCCUUCGGGACGGCGCACAGCAGCCCGCACUCCCACAACGCGCCGGCGGCCAUGACGGAGGCGGCGGCGUCGGACCUGCCGUUCCCGAGCUACAUGAGCAACACGGAGUCGUCGAGGGCCAAGGCGCGGUCCCAGAGCGCGCCGAGGCAGCGGGCGGCCGCCGAGGCGCUGGAGCGGCAGCCGAGCAGGAGGAAGGGGGCGGAGCACCGGAGCGUGCCGCGGGGCGCCAGGAUGCAGCGGUCGUCGUCGCAGCAGCAGGCCGGGUCCGCGCCGCGCCAGUCGCCCUUCUUCCACCGGCCGUGGUCGUCGUCGACGUCGGUGAGGCUGGACACGUCGACGGCGUCGCUCAGGGACAGCGAGUGCGGGUCCACCACCAGCUCCGUGCUCACCGCGGCCACCACCGUGUCCACCGUCUACAGCCGGACCCGCUCGCUCGUCGGAUUCGAGGUGCGCAGGGCCCUGUAUUGAUGUUGGUGAAUUUGUUGGGUUGAACUGCUGGAAACAAAUGAAGCCACAUCGGGAGCUUCAUGAAAUGCGUAUGAGAAAAUUGCUUGAUAGUUCUUGUGUGUGUGUUGAUGGGAGAUCAGAUCAGAGCCUAGUAGAGAGUGUUGUACUUGUACAUACUGUACGUCCGAGUCAAGUACUUCCUUUAUUUUGGCUAUUCGAGUCAAGUACCAAGUGUACAAUUUUUUAUACAUAUAGGGCAUAUCUGUGACGUGAUGACUGCGAGGUACUAAGUGUAAUUAGAAAUGUACUGGUUUACCACUAGUGGCACAGUGUAAUAAGCUCUCUCUUUUUUUAGAACUACAGUGUUUUUUUUAAA